GCGGGGUUGGCUGCGGCUAGACUCGGCUUGACCCUGUGAGUUUGGGGUCCUUUUGCUUUGCCUAGGUCUCGGUCUGUUCUAGUUAGACCUAGUGUCUCUCCUCACGGAUGGAAUGGAGGUCAUGAGAAUGAACAACUAACCGUGAACGAAGCGACCGAAAACUCCGCUUCCAGAAAAUAUUACAGACGCUCUAAGAGCACACAUCUCGACUCAAUUGAAAAACAUUGUGCUCUAGAGACGAACCACGAUCAAUCAUCUGUUCAAGAUGCGCUCAAUCACAAAAGCCCACGCUCGGCUUCCCCUCCGCAAUGCAUCCCGCCGCCUCCUCUCCUCUACGGCAUCAGCCAGCAACAACAACAACAACAACGCGACCUCACAAGCAACACCAUCCUCGACCCAAUCAACAACACCAACCACAACCCCGAUAUCAUCCCUCUUGAUCGCCAACCGCGGCGAAAUCGCCCUCCGCAUCCACCGCACCGCCACCCGCCUCGGCAUCCCCACAACCACAAUCUUCACCGACGUCGACCGUCACUCCCAGCACGCCGCCGCCUCUCCCUCCUCCAUCGCCCUGGGAUCCGACCCGCGCGCCUACCUCGACGGAGACCGCAUCUCACGCCUCGCCGCCGACAAGCUCGGACCCGGCGUCGCCCUGCACCCGGGCUACGGCUUCCUCUCUGAAAAUGCCGCCUUUGCCAGGCUUUGCGCUGACCGCGGCGUCAACUUUGUCGGCCCGCCCGCCUCAGCCAUGGCCGACAUGGGCGACAAGGCGCGCUCCAAGCACAUCAUGUCGGCCGCCGGCGUACCCUGCGUCCCCGGCUACCACGGCGAGGAACAGUCUGCGACUUUCCUGGCCGAGAAGGCCGCCGAGAUUGAGUAUCCCGUACUGCUCAAGAGCGUCAAGGGUGGCGGCGGCAAGGGCAUGCGCAUCGUCGCGUCGGCCGACGAGUUCGACGCCCAGCUGCGCAGCGCCCGCGCCGAGGCCCGCGCCAGCUUCGGGCCCGACGGCGAGAUCAUGCUCGUCGAAAAGUACAUCACUCGCCCUCGCCACGUCGAGGUCCAGGUCUUUGCCGAUCGCCACGGUGGCUGCGUGGCCCUGGGUGAGCGCGACUGCAGCAUCCAGAGGAGACACCAAAAGGUCAUUGAGGAGUCGCCUGCGCCGGGAUUGUCCGAGGAGCUGAGGCAGGACCUGUGGGCCAAGGCGCGGACAGCUGCCCUCGCGGUGGGGUAUGUGGGCGCCGGUACGGUUGAGUUCAUCCUGGACAGGGAUACGGACCGUUUCUACUUUAUGGAGAUGAACACUCGCCUCCAGGUUGAGCACCCCGUCAGCGAGAUGGUUACCGGCACAGACUUGGUCGAAUGGCAACUGAGGGUCGCGGCUGGAGAGAGGUUACCCAUGACGCAGGCUGAGAUUGAACAAAAGAUCGCCGAGAGGGGUUGGGCAAUUGAGGCCCGCAUCUACGCAGAGAACCCGGAGAAGGGCUUCAUGCCUGAUUCAGGCAAGCUGGUUCACCUAAUGACCCCCAAGACGGACACGGAAGUGCACCGGCCCGAGGAUGCGGCGGUGAGAAUCGAUGCCGGUUUCGUAGAGGGUGAUACCGUAUCGCAGGCAUACGAUGGCAUGAUCGCCAAGCUCAUCGUCCGUGGCGCGGAUAGAGAGACGGCCAUCAAGAGGAUGGAGCUGGCCCUUAGGGAAUACGAGGUGGUGGGACUGUCGACCAAUAUUGAGUUCCUCAAGAGGCUCUGUCGCAGCCCCGCAUUCAUUGAAGGCGAUCUUGACACCGGUUACAUUGACCGGUGGAGAGACGAGCUGUUCCAGCCCAGGAGGGUCGAGGAUGAGGUUUUCGUCCAGGCCGCCCUGGGGCUGCUGGCUCCGGUCAAGCAGACCGUCCAAAAAAUUGGUCUGGGUGCCCACGGGGAGACGCUUGGUUUUGGUGAAGCAGCUGCCAGCACGGGCGAGAGGAGAUUUGCCUUCAAGGUGACAGAUGGCUAUGCUGAGCAGGCCGCCGAGGGCAAGGGUGAGGAUGUGGUCGAGGUGACGUUAACUCAACGGGGGAAUAACCUAUACAACGCGCGUGUGACGCGCAAGGGAGAGCAGACCCCGGUAGAGUUCGACAAUGUCGCCUCGGAACCCACUGAGAGCAGCCAUGUCAAGACAAGAGUCAAGUCAUUCUUCCCGCUCUCCAGGGUGGAGUCGACUGUGGUGCGCGACCCUAUCAACAGCGACAAGAUUACCGUUUUCCAGCUCGGCACAAAGACGGACUUGAGUUUGGUGCAGCCGGGCUGGUUCGACAAGGCUUUGGGUCUGAAGGAGGCGGCCGCUUCAGUCGUCGCGCCGAUGCCUUGCAGGAUUAUGAGGGUCGAGGUUGCAGAGGGUGACAGUGUCGAAAAGGGUACACCUUUGGUUGUGAUCGAGUCAAUGAAGAUGGAGACCGUUAUCCGCUCACCACAAGCCGGUAUUGUCAAGAAGUUGGCGCACAAGGAGGGUGACAUUUGCAAGGCUGGAACAGUAUUGGUGCUUUUCGAGGAGGAUGGGACCGAGCAGUCAUAGACGACACUGGGGGUUGCUAUGAUGCUAUGGUCAAGGUGUCCAACUCAACUAGACCACUACAUGGAAAAGGGAAAGGAAGGUUUUGUUUACUGCAGUUGAAUUUAUGACUUAGCGGGUAUAUAUCAAAGAUUUUUUUGGUUGUUGUUUUUGUCGUAUACUCAUUCGUCAUCUAAGCGUUUAUUUGUACCAUCAUGCUAAAAGUGGCAUUCCCUGAGCGACGACAUCAUCCAAGUAGUCAAGCCCCUUGAACCCAUCCUCAACCAUCCAAGCUCUCCCCUUCUCCAUGGUGUACAGCACCUCGCACGCCCGACCAACCACCAGCAAUCCCGGGGGCCUGCUGCCCUCCUGUUCGAUCGCCUCAGCCACAUGCCGCAGCGUAGUCCGUAUGACCCUCUGAUCCGGACAGCUCGCCCGCUCCACGACGGCGCAGGGCGUAUCCCUCGGCCACAGCGCCCUCUUGUCCUCCCCUGCCCCCUCCUCCUCCGCCGUCCUCUCCGUCAACUCCCCGACCAAGCCCACGAUCCUGUGCAGCGCCAUGAGGAACACCACAGUCCUCGAGGGCAGGUACCCGGGCGGCGUAGGCGGCUUCCCCUUCUUGCCCGUGCCGGUGCACACGAGCACCUGAUCGGCCACGUCGCGCUGCGUGGCGGGGACGCCAGCAAACAGCGGGGCACACAAUGCGCUCGUCAGGCCCGGCAGCACCGCGACGCGG